UUCCCGAGAGUGUACUCGAGAUAAUGAUGAAUUGGUUCAGAGCCAAGUGUUGGACUUAGCCGACGCUGUCGUCUUCACCGUAUAAGAACUAUCGCCUGGUUCUGAACAGUGUGUGAUUCGGAUUCCGACGAGGAUGUCGUCGUUGGGUUCCCCGAAGAAGCGGCUGAGAUCCCAAACAGCAGAAGAGAAUAAGGAAGAGGUCGUUUGUUGCGGGAUUUGCUACGCUGAGCGUGGGGUUUCGAUUACAGGGGAAAUCGAUUGCUGCAGCCACCACUUCUGCUUCGUUUGCAUCAUGGAAUAGGCCCAAUUUUCCGCCAAAGGUUCUCCUACGUUCGCUGGCUCCCUAUGCAUGGCGUCUUUUCUUCCUCCAGGGACGUUAAGGUUUAUCAUCCUCAUGGAAAUAUGGCAACUGGUCCGGCUGAUUCUUAUACUGAAACCAAAUGUGGUGUUUGUCAUGCUGGAACAGAUGAGCAUCUUCUACUACUUUGUGAUCUAUGUGAUACUGCUUCGCACACAUACUGUGUUGGCCUGGGCUAUACUGUUUCUGAUGGUGAUUGGUUUUGUCACGAUUGUGCUAUUUCCCGGGAGACCAAUAUCAAUGAAGAAUCAGACCAACAAAAAUUUUGCGCCAACAGCUGAGCCAAGUGUAACCAUCAAUAUCUUUGAUAUUGUGAGGGAAACAGGCAGCCGGGUGGUUAAUAGACCAAGGGCAUCUCCUUUACAACAGAACCUGUCAUCUCCUGUUAUUCCUUUACCUGAUAGGUUAAGUUACUUAAGUAGAUUAAAAGGAAAAGGUCCUGUCACAGGUGUCUGUAAUAUGCAGCGGAAUGUAAAGGUUUUUCGUGAAAAUUGGAAUGCUUUGAGAAGUGGUUCAUUUCAGUUCCGUUGCAAUUCAUUUCAACCUGGAAGCACAGUUAGUCAAAAACAAGAUUCUAGUUCCUUAUCACAUCACAAAUUGGAUGGUUUGCAUUCUAUGGCUUCCACGAGCCUUCAACAAUCCACUGUCCAAGGUGGUCCUUCUAACAAAAUGUUGAAUGAGAGAGUCUUUAAAGAUGCUGACAAGGCAUGGAAAAUGAUGGACAGGGCAAAGAGGAUACAACGCCUCAUCAUAGAACAGGCAGCAUUCUACAGGGAGUAGAUAAACCCUCAUGCAGUGGAGGAGCUAGAAAAAUAUCAUUGGCACAUUAUAUCUUCUCCGAACAGAAAGAUCAACAUUUCAAAGCAUUAGUCUUGAGGAACACUAAAAUGGAGAAGCAGUGUGACUAUUCUAGUCUCAACCAGAAUUUGGAAAAUCGCUCUACUCUAAAUUUGGAAGAGAAAAAGCAAAGUAGGGUUACAUGUGAGGGACCAUACUACUCACUCAAAAGGAUAUUGUGAACGUCCAUUGUUAUCAAAUUUCUUUUUUUCCUUCAUAUCUACAUGAUCAUUGUAGGCUGAAAUAUUUAUAGGUGUUUUGUGUACCCUUUUUACAAUCCAAACCUGAUCUUUAAUUAGGUUGAGUGUGUGUCUAGUUCAGCUUAUUUUGGAGAAAUAAUAGGUUAUUUUUGUCAAUGUCUGGAGAAAACUUUUGAAAAAUAACAAUUGUUUUCUUAAAACCAUUUCCAAACAUGCAUCAAAUGCAUUAGGUUUGCAUUCAACAUUUAGCAUAUCAACCUUAUAUCAUAUUUCUGUUCAUUCGAUGCGAGGUGGAGAGACAGAGUGCACCUCUAUGCCAGGCACAAAUUCUAUCCCUCAUUACAAAAAGUGUUCAUGAUAAAUUUCUAAUGUUGUUUUUCCUGUAUGUAUGUUGUAAGCUGUUAAACAGGUUGCAUGUAAAUUCCAAAUGGUAACUGUUACUUGAAUGAAAGUAAUUUCACUUCAAGCUAUUAUCUUGAUGCAGGUGUUGAUACCUUCAAGGUAGUUGCAAGGCAGGCCACUCAUACCAUCUUGGCUACUUGCAGUUCUGAUCAGCAAAAGUCUAGUACAUCCUCCUCUAGCUCAGUAUGCAGCCAUGCCGACAAUACUCCUCAGUUUCAGAAAUCUACUUUAAUGCCUAAUUGUUGCAGGCAAUGCUUUUAUGACUUUGUAAACAAUGUUGUCAACUCUACCAUAUUGGAGAAAGUGGGUUGCGCUUGAUCUACAUUAUUUUUUUUUUCUUUGGAGAGUGCAUCAUGUAUUUCUUUUGCUGUGAUUAUUGUUCUCAUGCACCUACUCUGUAAAAAAUGUUACUUCGUGGCCCAGGUAACUGCAUUGUAAAAUUUAUGUCGUAGGUAGGGGAUAGCAGUGUAAUGUAAUCUAUUUAUUUUUCACCUGAAGGGAAUAGUUGAGGAUAUAAAUGGAAAAUUAGAGUAUUUUGUUUA